AUGAGUGGAGAUGCUAAGAAAAACGACGAUGCUAAGAAAUGGUUGGCGGUCGCCUCUAGCCCGAGCCAUAAAGCAUGUUUACUGACGAACUUUAUGCAAUAUUUCGAAGCCGUCCGCAUUAACGGCGACUCAUUAACAGGUUUCGGAAAACUACCCACUGGUAUCACCGAAGCUAUGGCAGCCCUCGGUUUGGUAUGGGUGAUGCAACCGCCCCAUGGCCAACGAAUCCCCACAUUCUGGCAACAAAUGCUUGAGCUAGCCAAAAGCCGAAAAAACACCACCAGUACAGUGGAAAGAGAGUGGCCAACCCCAUCGCUGAUGGAGAAGAACCAGAACACGAUAACGCACGCGCCGAUACACCCGCACGCGGUGACGACGAAGACAACCAAUGCGUGA